AUGGGAGAAUUGAUCCAGCUUGACGUCGGUAAAAAAGUGAAACAAUGGAAAAUUGACAAAAAACUCGGCGAAGGCGCAUUUGGUGCUGUUUACAAAUGCAGUAAUGCGAAAGGAGAAUUGUAUGCGUUGAAAGUUGAAGGAAAAGAUGAAAAGAUUCAAUUGCUCAAAAUGGAAGUUCAUGUGCUCACAGAGCUCAAGAAAAAUAGUGGACGACAUUUUUGUGAUAUCGCCGAUAAAGGUCAAUACGAAAAUUUCAAUUACGUUGUUAUGACAUUUGUUGGAAUGUCACUCGCUGAUUUGAGAGCUGCAAGUCCGAAUAAACGUUUUUCAAUGGGCACAGCUAUUUCAGUUGGAAGACAAUCAUUGGAAGCAUUAGAAGAUAUGCACAGUAUUGGAUAUCUCCAUCGAGAUGUCAAACCAGGAAACUAUACAAUUGGUCGAGCAGAAUUAAAUGAGUUGCGAAAAGUUUAUGUGCUCGAUUUCGGAAUGGCAAGAAAAUUUGUACACGAUGACGGAAGAAUCAAGAAACCUCGAAAGGUUGCCGGUUUUCGUGGAACAGUCAAAUAUGCACCCGUUUCUUGUCACGCAGGUCGCGAACUUUGUCGCCAAGAUGAUUGUGAAACAUGGUUGUAUAUGUUAGUUGAAUUGACUAAAGGAUCAUUGCCUUGGAGAAAUACAACUGAUAUUGGACAAGUUGGAAAUGAGAAAAAGUCGGUUCGUACGGAUCCAGUGGCAAAAAAGCGCUUCUUUGGAGGGUAAGUACAAUUUAUGUUUUCGAUUAUCCAGUUAAACAAUAUUUUCCAGAUGCCCCCGUGAUUACAUGGAUAUUCUUUGCACAAUUGAUACUGGAGAAUUUUUCGCUGAGCCUAAUUACCAAAGAAUAUACUAUUUGCUUCGUCAAGCUCUGGAAAAGACGGGAGCCGAUGAAUAUCCGUAUGAUUGGGAAGAUUAUUUGAUGAAGAAGUUCAAAGAAGAUCAGGAGAAAAAAGAGCAGGGAGAAGUUCCAAAAGAAAGUAAGAAAGAAAAGAAGGAAGAAAAGAAAGAGGAGAAACAAGAUGAUCAGAACAAUAACCUCAAAUCUGAAAAAGAAACGAAAAAGAAAAAUGAAAGAACAGAGGAAAUUGCUGAAGGAAAAUCUGAAAAAAGAUUGAACAUUUUUCUGAAUAAACAUUCCAAUCUCUUGUUUUUUGAUGUUUAAAAAUUUGAAUGGAAUUCGACAACGUGUGAAAAAUCUAGCAUAUAAAAGUAUACGGGUGAUUAGAGAGAAAAUCAUAAAAAAAAUGAAAUUCUUCAUUCUCCUCAUCAUUCUUUCUGUUUUUUCUGGAGUUAUGGGAACUACUGCUGCUGAAAAAGCUGCUGCUGAUGCAAAAGCCGCUUCUUCCAUUCUUAGUUCAAUUUUCAGUGGAACUUCAGGAAUUAUCACUGCUGCUGGAGCUUUAAAAAAAUCAUAA